AUGAUUGCGGCGAAAGACUAUGAUGGAGUUGAGAAGAUAUUAUCAGAAAGAGGCCACAAAGUGGAUAUUGUCCCUAAAAUAGGUUGCUCCCCAUUGCACUACACUAGAUUGAAUGUAGCGAAUACAGAAAACAAUGAUGGAGACACGCCACUAAUUGCUGCUGCUAAAGUCAGUUACAGGAUGGUAGAUAUGAUCCUGGUAUACGGGGGUGAUCCGAACGUGACCAACACGGAGCGAGAUAGCCCCCUCAGUAUCGCUGCUGUUAGAGGAGACAGGGACUCUAUAGACGCUCUCCUCAACGCAGGAGCUAACCUCAACGCGGCUGUUAUCAAGCUCACCUCUUAUCUGAGGUAUCAGAAGGAAACUGAUCUGUUGAUGUCGCGGGAUUCGAGUCAGGAUUCAGCGUGA